CCUUUUUCUUUUUGUAACAGAAACAAAUUCAAGCUAAUAUUUGUGUAACUAUAGAGAUGGUGAGGAAUGCUCUAGACCAGUUGCGAGGAGCUGUGUCAAUUGUUUAUCCAAUGGGCUUGCCACCCCAUGACCCAAUAAGACUUGAAUUUGAGGAUAAAGAAGAUUUAACUGGAACUCAGAUGGCCUUGCAAAUAAUUGAAGAGUCAGAGUCACAGCUGUGGUGGGCAGGAAAGGAAUUACAGAGGGGAAAGAAAUUAUCAGACUAUCUGGGCAAAAAUGAGAAAACAAAAAUAAUUGUAAAGCUACAAAAGCGAGGACAAGGGGCACCAGCUCGAGAGCCAGUGAUCAGUCCUGAAGAUCAGAAACAAAUGAUGCUUCAUUAUUAUAGACGACAAGAGGAACUUAAGAAACUUGAGGAAUCAGAGGAUGAUGCUUACCUAGAUUCUGAAUGGGCUGAUCGAAAUAUGUUAAAAAGACAGUUGCAAAAUCUUAAUAAUAUCAAAUGGGAACCAAAAUAAGUGCAUGUAUUAUAGUAUUUUUAGUAAAAUUCUACUUUAUGUGAUGCUUAUUUGUUAUAAUGUAUAGCCAAGUUUCCAUGGUAAAAUAAUAAAAUAUUAAAAUUGACUGAAUACUAAAACACAGUUUGUAUUUAGCAUUUGGGAUCACCCAGAUCUAGCAGCUAAAAAAUAUGGUAGUUGGUAGGAAAAUCUUCCAUGAAUGUGAUGCAGAGUGAAGAAUAGCUGAAUGCUUGUUUCCAUACCACAGUGGAUAAAGAUUAAAUCCUAAUCAAGCUAUUAAUACUGCUCCAUAGCCUUUCCACUUGUCUGAUAUUAUAUUUCACAGAUAAUCUUCAGUAUUGUACUUUAUAAUUCUGGCACAGCUGCACUCAUGUACUUUUCUCCCUUUGGUUUUUCAUGGUGUUUAGAAACUAUUGCUUACCCUUAUCUCGUAAUUUUUAUUAUAAUUCUCACUUGUUAAAGAAGUGUUUAAUGAAUGCUUUGUUCACCAAUUCUAAUGUCUCUUAUUUUCAAUAUCCAUGAGAACAUAUGUUUCAUUAUAACAUGUCUUCUUCGUAUCAUUCUUUUAAGAAUAACAGCUGAUGUGUCUUUGUACCAUAAUAAUAAUAUAAUCAGUUCAUUCAUCAGUUUCAUUCCAUCUUCCAUAAGUGUUAUUUACAGUACUGCCUUAAACAACAUAAUUAAACCAUUUUUUGGAGUUUGUUUUUAAAGUCAAUGUAUGUCAUUAACCCAUGCCAGAUUGUGAUAUUGGACACCACUUGAUUUUGUUUGGCACACUGUAUGAGUCGUUAUUAAAAAAAUUUUGUUGACGCUU